CCCAAGUUGUCAAGGCCAGCAAAAUGGAUGUCGUAUUUCUAAACUGUCGCUGGAGGGAGACCCCGCUCCCUUCUCGAUCCUCUACCAGUUUGAAAUCCUGUGCAGGUCGGCAUGGCGGUCCCUCGAGGAGCCCAGAUCGCAGCACGGCUACUGAGUCGAGGCUCAAGGACUCUGACCUCCAAUUCCUCCUUAUCCGUAAGAGAGCACAAGUUCGACCGCUUCCCUGCGAAACCGAGGACCCAGCGGAUUAGAAAUGCGUCUUUACACACACGAGCGACUCAUCAUGCCCAGGCUGCCACCGCCGCUGUGCAAGAAGAAGAACCCUACGAGAGUCCUGAGUCUACGAACCCAGCAAUGUCCUUUCCAUGUCUUGAUGCUCAAGAAAUGAAGACCGCCGCUUUGCAGAACCGGUCCCUGGAAUCAGGGCCCGAACCGUCCUACACCACGGGCAAACACAUGGUGUUCCACAGCUCUGAGCCCAUUCUGCUGGAUUGGGGUGGGAUUCUGCCCGAAUUCAACAUCGCCCAUGAAACUUGGGGCAAAUUGAACGCAGACAAGAGCAAUGCAAUUCUGCUACACACCGGACUGUCGGCGUCAAGCCACGCACACAGCACUGAAGCAAACCCGAAACCUGGGUGGUGGGAAAAGUUUAUUGGGCCUGGUGCUCCUUUAGAUACCAGCAAAUACUUUGUGAUUUGCACGAAUGUGAUAGGCGGCUGCUAUGGCUCGACUGGACCUUCUUCGAUCGAUCCCUCGGACGGUCAGCGAUAUGCCACUCGGUUUCCCAUCUUGACCAUGGACGACAUGGUCAGAGCGCAAGCGCGGCUUCUGGACGGACUCGGCAUCGACAAGCUCUAUGCAAGCGUCGGCGCCAGUAUGGGUGGAAUGCAAAGUCUCGCUUUCGGUGUCCAUUUCCCUGACCGAGUGGGCAAGAUCGUCAGCAUUUCGGGUUGCGCUAGGAGUCACCCCUAUAGCAUCGCCAUGCGGCACACUCAACGACAGGUGUUGAUGAUGGACCCCAAUUGGAACAGAGGCUUCUACUACGACAAUGGUAUUCCUCCCCAUACGGGAAUGAAGCUCGCCCGCGAAAUUGCCACGGUGACAUAUCGCAGUGGACCAGAAUGGGAGAAUCGAUUUGGGAGACAGCGUGCCGAUCCCAGUAAACAGCCUGCUCUCUGUCCGGAUUUCUUGAUUGAGACGUACCUAGACCAUGCUGGUGAGAAGUUUUCCUUGGAAUACGACCCAAACUCUCUGCUCUAUGUUAGCAAGGCGAUGGAUCUGUUCGAUCUCGGAUGGGCCCAUCAAGAGAGCACCAGAACGCGGAGGCAAAAGAACCAAGAAAAGGUGUUGAACUUCCGGGGCUUUGCGACCAUUCGAACCGACCCAGCAUGCAGUUUGAUGCUGCCGUCGAAAAAUUACGAAGAGCAAGUUUCUACUGCACCAAUGGAUGAAGCUGUUGCCCCCGGCCAUCCAGCCGGGCCGCCCAGAGAUCUCGUUCAGGGAAUGACGCCCUUGAGCAACCAUCCAGUGUUGGUGAUGGGCGUGGCCAGCGACAUACUCUUUCCAGCGUGGCAGCAGAGGGAGAUAGCCGAGACAUUGAGGGCUACAGGAAACAAUCGAGUUACGCAUGUGGAGCUUGGCGAGGAUAUCAGUUUGUUCGGGCACGAUACAUUCCUCUUGGAUUUGGAGCAUAUUGGCGGCAAUCUUGGGAAAUUCCUGCAGUAGGCGCAUAUAGCAUUUGUAGUUGCAAGAUGCGAUAUAUCGUAGCUCCGAACCCUUCCCUUUUCAUACUGGAAACAGCUGGCUCUAUUCUUGAAGUACUGGCUUUUUAAUUGCGAACACGCAUGCCUUCCUGGGGGAUCGCCGGCAGCAAUUCAACUCUUC